CCCUCGAUGUAAACCCUCCCUCUCAUUUUGCCAUUUCCCCGACUGCGCGAAGUUUCAUGCUCUAUCGCUUCUCGAGGAGCGUCUCUGAGCGGCGAUCCUUCGUUCCUUCAUCGAUUCUCCUUCAAUCUCUCUCCUUUUCUUCGUUUAUUUCAGCUCCGGCGAUGGGGGAAAGCGGCGGCGCCGGGAGUGAUGCUUCGACGGCCAAGGGGAAGACCAAGGUGGCGGCGGCGGCCAAGAGUAAGUCCGUGAAGGACGAGGCGUACCUCCAGGCCGUCAUUCAGAAGCGAAUCGGUCUCUUUGAAUCUAUCCAGUCUGCGCAGCUCGCCAAGCGCCAGAGCAUUGGUGGAGAUCCUAUUAAGGUAACAUUGCCAGAUGGCACUGUCAAGGAGGGGAAGAAGUGGAUAUCAUCACCUAUGGACAUUGCAAAGGAGAUCUCUAGUGGUUUGGCUGCAAGUGUCUUGAUAGCUCAAGUAAAUGGAAUUCUUUGGGACAUGUCAAGACCACUUGAAGAAGACUGCACCCUGAAACUGUUUAAGUUCGACAGCAAUGAAGGGCGUGAUACCUUUUGGCAUUCCAGUGCUCACAUCCUGGGGCAGUCGCUUGAGAUGGAGUAUGGAUGCAAGCUGUGCAUAGGGCCUUGUACUACUAGAGGGGAGGGUUUCUACUAUGAUGCAUUUUACAGUGAUCUGACCUUGAACGAGGAGCACUUUGAACAAAUUCAGUCCCAGGCUGCCAAAGCUGCCUCGGAAAAACAGCCUUUUGAGCGCAUUGAAGUGUCAAGGGACCAGGCACUUGAAAUGUUCUCAGAUAAUAAAUUUAAGGUUGAAAUAAUUAAUGAUUUCACAAAUAAGAAAAGAAAACGUGAAAGAGGCUUACAAUCAUAAAUCACA